CUGGAGCGGCUCGUGUCCAUGCGGCGGCCGCAACCUCGGGGGCGGGCGGCCCAGGGGGGAGGUCCCGGGCGGCUCUCCCCCCCUGGGCCAUGCACCCGUGUUGCCUCCGCUGGUCCGUGGGCUUCGAGCGGGCCAGGGCCCAGCGGGCGCUGCUGCUGAGAAGGGGCAUGUCGGGCGCGCUGCAGGCGCUGGUGGAGACCGCCGGGGCCGACGCCGAGGCUGGCGCUCCCAAAAGCGCCGGGGAGCCGCGGCGCCAGGGAGCGGGCCGCGCCGGCGGGCGAGUGGCAGUGGCAGGCGUCGGAGGAGUGGAAGCACUACGACCCCGAGGCGGCGGCUCGACUCACCGAGGCGUACCUCGGCUACGAGGAGGACUGCACGCUCGUCCACGGGCAUCACGGCAGCGAGGGGGGUUGGAGGGUCGACCUGGAGGCCCUGCGGCAGACCAGGCAGUCGUUGCCGGCGAGGCGGAGCAGCGCGCGAGUGGCUUUGGGCGCUCCGAGGGCCAUGCGCCAGGUCCAAUCGAACGCCAUCCAGAACGCUUUCCUUCAGACGGCCACGCAGCCAGAGAUGAUGCAGGCGAUGCUCGCGCUUUUCGGCCAGGGCGUCCCGAGGGCCGAGCCCACGAUCACCAUGCUGCCCUCGGUUGGCGGUGCGACCAACGGCGGCGGCGGCGCGCUCACGCUCCAGCCGCACCAGCAGCUCGCCCUGGCCGACGGGCCCCCGCCGCCGCCCCCGCCGCCGGCGCAGCCGGCGGAGCAGCUGGCGGAGCAGCCGGCGGAGCAGCCGGCGGAGCAGCUCGCGGAGCAGCCGGCGGAGCAGCCGGCGGAGCAGGAGAGGCCGCCGCCGGCGCCGCCGACGAGGAGAUGGGCGAUGGCGCAGUGGAGUCCAAGGACGUCGAGGCCAUGGCGGUCGCUCUGGCAAACAAAAUGCGCAAGGGCAUCUUCGCCAAGGCCAAGGGAAAAGCCAAAGCCAAGGCGAAAGGCAAGGCCAAGGCAAAAGCCAAAGCCAAGGCCAAGCCGCUGACGAAAAAACCCGCCGCCAAGGUCCAGGACGCGGUGACCCCCGUGAAAAAGGCCAAGGGGAAGGAUGAGACUCCCCCCAAGACCCACAAGUCCCCGAAUGAGAUCCCCUACGUGAAGGUCACCGCCGCCAUGCGCAAGUUCCCAGGGAAGCCAACUAAGAAGGUGGCGGCGUGGAGCGUGAAAAACUUGCGGGUCUACACGGACGUGAACAACUCUAAGUGGAGGGUGAAGGCGGUGAAGGAGAGGAACGAUAAGGGCUUCAUGUACUCCGACGAUCCCCGCACGGCCUGGUCCAAUAUGUGGGCGUACGUCGAUAGCUUCCCGUGA